GCUCAAGCCCCGUCUCCCUCUCAGCUACUACGGCGAUAACCCAACUCAAGCACCGUCUCGCUCUCAUCUCCGACGACCCACUCAGUCGGCGCGACCGUCUCAGCUACUACGAAGACCCAGCAGCGCCGUUUUCUUCCCUCUAAUUCGAACAGCUGAAGAGUUGGGUAGAUAACCCACAGUGGAUGAGGUCUUUUUAAGAACUCACAUUCGUAAGAAGGACUCAACUUGGGUUGAUCUUAGAUCUCAAUACACUUAUGGUAGUUUCCAAAGUAAUUUGAAUCAGGCCUCAGAAGGUGCAGAUGAGAGUGACUCCUAAAUGGUCGACUCUGUGACUCGUUUAAAACUGUGGGCCAAAUCUGUUGGGGGGAAAAAUCGAGGACGUCUAUAUGGUGUAGGAGAUAGGUCCCCAAAUUAUAGACCAGGUGUUUCAAGUCUUGCCCCAGACACUGUUCCAUCUAUGGGUUGCAGCCAAGUUUCAUCCCAUUAUUCUCAUGAGAUAGCAACACAGUUGGCCACACUUGAGGAGCGAGCAAAGGCAGCAGAGGAUGAGGUUCGGAAUACAAGGGAGGAGCUUAGGCAAGCAGAGCUUAAGCGACAAAAGGAAGCUCAGCAGUCAGAACAGCGUGCUGCAGAGUUCCAAAUGCAGCUGAUAGCGUUGACAAAAAGUGUAGCUGCCAUGCAGGCCGAGCCCUCCCGUCGUCGACGUUGUCAUCCAGAUUAUGAUGAGGAUGAGUUCGAGGAUGGUUCCGAGGAUGGAUCCGAGGAAGGGUCUGAGGAUGAAUCCGAGGAUAACGAGGAAAAUUGAUAUUUAGUUUGUGUUGUUAUUAUGACUUCAUCUUAUGCUUAGUUUAUUAACGGUGCAUUUUGUUAUUAUGACCGAUUAAGCUUAGACUUGUGGCUACAUCUUUUGUCGAAAUUGCUAGUUUCUAAUUUGUUUAUUUUGACACUUGUUAUAGUGUCAAUUUUUGUUAACAAUACAUUUCAG